AUGGGUGACCACACUUCAGUUUCUAGCCAUGAGUCCUUCGUGUCAGUAUCGAACCAUGAAUCUUUCAUAGGUUCCAUAGACCAAGGUACCACAAGCACAAGAUUUUUAAUCUUCAACAAAGACGGCGAGCCAGUUGCAUCACAUCAAGUUGAGUUCUCUCAGAUAUAUCCACAAUCAGGGUGGCACGAACAUGAUCCUCUUGAAAUUAUCGACUCGAUAGAAGUUUGUAUUGAAGGUGCUGUCAAAAAAUUUGAGCAACAAGGUCAUUCAGCGAGACAGAUUAAAGCCGUAGGACUCACAAAUCAACGAGAGACAACAGUCGUCUGGGACCACGAAACAGGAGAACCUCUAGCAAAUGCUAUAGUGUGGACAGAUACCAGAAAUCAGGCAUUAGUCAGAAAGUUGAAAGCUCGACUUGGAUCUAAUCAAUUGCAGGGUCUCUGCGGUCUUCCUCUAUCUACUUAUCCUUCUGUUGGUAAGCUUUUGUGGUUGAUUGAAAAUAAUAGUAAAGUCUCAGACGCAUAUGAUCGAGGCCAUCUUGCGUUUGGUACCGUUGAUUCCUGGGUUAUCUAUAAGCUCAAUGGUGGACCAAAGAAGAAUGUGUUCGUUACAGAUCCCACGAAUGCAUCGCGUUCAAUGUUCAUGAAUUUGCAUACUCUCAAGUAUGAUGAGCAGCUUUUGGAUUUUUUCAGAUUUGAUAUGGAUAAGCUUCAUCUCCCCAAGAUUGUCCGGUCGUCGGAUCGCGAGUCCUUCGGUAUUCUUACAACGGGAAUCUUGAAGGGUGUCCCUAUCACGGGUGUGUUAGGUGAUCAAAGUGCGGCGCUUGUCGGACAAAAAGCUUUCACACCAGGUAGAGCAAAGAAUACCUAUGGGACAGGUUGCUUCCUUCUCUACCAUGUUGGUGACAAGCCUGUAGUUUCCACACAUGGGCUUUUGAGUACAGUUGCGUAUGACUUUGAUGGUAAACCGCAAUAUGCUUUGGAAGGAAGUAUUGCGGUCGCAGGCUCCAGUAUCAAGUUCCUUCAAAAUAAUCUUGGCUUCGUCGACUCUUCGGCCAAGAUCAGUCAGCUAGCUGAGACUGUAGAAGAUAAUGGCGGUGUCACUUUUGUGACUGCAUUCAGUGGGCUCUUCGCACCAUACUGGUACGACGAUGCUCGCGGCACUCUUUUUGGAAUCACAGCAUAUACACAAAAAGGUCAUAUUGCUCGUGCUACUUUGGAGGCGACUUGCUUCCAAACGAAAGCAAUAUUGAACGCGAUGGAAAAGGACAGCGGGAAGAAACUCGCUGAACUAGCCGUCGAUGGAGGCAUGAGUAAUUCUGAUCUCUGCAUGCAAAUUCAAGCCGAUCUUAUUUCUAUCCCGGUUGAGCGUCCAAGAAUGCUGGAGACGACAGCAUUGGGUGCCGCCAUCGCCGCAGGUUUUGCAGUCGGGGUUUGGGAAACUUUUGACGAAUUGAAGAAUAUUAAUACCAUAGGAAAAACUGAGUUCCAUCCUAAAAUUACUCCAGAAGAAAGUAAGGAAAAGUUUUCGCGAUGGACGAAAGCAGUUGAAAUGUGUAAAGGCUGGCUUUAG